AUGAAUAAUAUAUAUGACGUCAUCCGCGUACCCGGACGGAAAAAGAACGAGUUUGCGAUUGGGUACACUGGCAGCGCAGCUUCGGGGAGCCCCAGUCCACUGCCGCGGCACGAGCGAGCUGGUGAACAUCCGCAACAGAAGAAGACCGACGAAAAAAUGGCAGAGGAAGUGAACGUCGCCCUGCAUAACAUAUCUCAGGCGAAUAAUGUCUUUACUUUCGACAUGUACAAGACUUUGGCGGCGGAGCCGGGAAACUUGUUCUUCUCUCCUAUCAGUAUACAGGUAAUACUCGCCCUCACAUUCCUUGGAGCCAAAGGCAAUACGGCCAAACAGAUUGCCAGUGGACUGCGCCUACCUGAGGACAGAACUGUCGUAGAAGAUGGUGUUGGGGCUAUAAUGAGCAGAUUACAGGACAACAACGAUGUGCUCCUUGACAUAGCGAACAGAAUAUUUCUGAAAGCUGGUUAUGGCAUCAAAGAAGGUUUUAAUGUGUCGGCAACUAGAUUCAAGGCUGGAAUAGAAGAAGUUGAUUUCCUGCAAGAACCACAGGCAAGGAAAACAAUAAAUGACUGGGUGGAGAAGAAGACAAAUAAUAAAAUAAAAGACAUAAUUCCACCUGGUAUCCUGAACGCCUUAACUCGGAUGGUACUGGUCAAUGCCAUAUACUUCAAAGGGGACUGGCUCAAAAAGUUUGAAGAGGACAGAACCUCACCUUUACCUUUCCACUCAGCUGUUGGACAAUCAAAGAAUGUGGACAUGAUGUUCCUCGAGGAAGAAUUCAAGUACAAGGAGAUAAAUGAUUUAAAUUGUCAAGCACUUCUGCUUCCUUACAAGGGAGAGCGGCUCAACAUGAUGAUUCUUCUACCCCGAGAAGUUAACGGUUUGGCAAGCCUUGAGGCGAAACUUGCCGACUUCAGUCUCCAAGACACUGUGAACAACAUGUAUAGGACAAAAGUAUAUGUCUAUUUACCCAAAUUCAAAAUGGAAUACUCAAAAGAGCUUAACGAUCCACUAACUAGGCUCGGAAUGAUCGACAUGUUUGAUGACAUCGCCUCUAAUUUCUCUGGAAUUACUGACGAAGAGCAACUUAAGGUGGACAAGGUCUUACACAAGGCUUUCGUCGAAGUCAACGAGAAGGGAACGGAAGCCGCCGCUGCCACUGCUGUAGUUGUCGGCGCUAUUGAGUCCAUUGAUUAUAACGAGCCACCAAGCCCCAUCAUCUUCAAAGCGGAUCACCCCUUCCUGUUCCUCAUACUGGACCAGCAGACGAAAACUGUGCUCUUCGCGGGACGUUACUCGGACCCUCCCGCUGAAUCUUGAAGUGAAUCACUUGCCUUGGGGUCAGACAGCUGCAUGUUUUCCCAUUUGAUGUAAAAUGUGUACCACAUACAUUGUCCGGUCAUAUAUUUAUCACACGCCCUAUCUUCUGAAGGACAAAAAUAAAUGGAAACUUAAUAUGAAA